AUGGCAGCAACCAAUAGUGCUUUCGAAGAAACCAGAGAUGAAGAUCUUUAUAAUCACUUAGAGUUGUUCAAUAUGCCGUCUUCAUCAAUCGAAGCUCCAGCAGCAAAUGAUUACCAAGAUUGCAGAGAGCAACAACCGACAGGAAAUAUCGGGAAAGGUCGGCGUAUGUUCAGUGAUUACAGAACAGAACCUAACAAUGAACACCUUUACUGUAACAUACAGUCAAUCAAUAAACCGUCUUCACCUGCCACCGAAAGCCAAGCAGCAAACCAAACCUCCCAAGAUGACAGAAAAGGGCAACAACCAACAGGAAAAACAGAACCCAACAAUGAACACCUUUACUUAUAUAGCAUACGAUCAAUCAAUAAACCGUCUUCACUCGCCACCGAAAGCCAAGCAGCAAACCAAACCUCCCAAGAUGACAGAAGAGGGCAACAACCAACAGGAAAUAGUAAUACGAUGCUUCGGCGUGUGUUAUCUGCUAUGAUAGCGGUUUUGGCCUUAGUCUUCCUGGCCAUGCUUGCUUCAUUGAUAGCAUUGAAGUGGGAACUCGUAAAGUCACGUGGAACAAACGGUAAUGUUUUAGAUAGAUAUGGAAUGAUUUUCAGUAACAGUGGAAGGCCUAAAGCUAUUCGAAAUCGGAGUCCCUAUUUGGCUAAUUUUUGAUAUUAUAUACUCUUGAAAUGGUCUCCCAAAUAUUGUAUUGAUAUUUUGAGGUGCGAAUUCUCUUUACUUUGAAAGAUUGUGGGGAGUCCUUGAGGGGCCGCCAUUGGUGAAUGAAAGCGUUCACUUAAAAUUGAAGAUAUUGAUAGUCUUAGCCUGUAAUAAAAAGAUCGUUUCGGUGAGUAAAAGCUAGUAAAAUACGGAACUAUGUUUUUCGGUCUAUAAUUAGUCCAAUUAUCUAGGGCUGAUUUAAACACAUGGUCUGAACGAGACUUAGCGUGGGUUGAAAAAGGCAUUUGAUAGGGCUCUUUUUGGUUUAAAUUGUGCUCAAAUGGCUCCAGGAGAGGCUGAAUCAGCAGACUUGGGCCUGUGUGGGUGAAUUGGUACUUUGGGGCUGAAACAGAUCUUUUUUUGAUUAACAGUGUUUUCAAGACAUUAAUUAAGGUUGAUUCUUAUAUCAAAAUAAUAUAUAUUUUAAAACCGUUGUUCCAGAUUGAUCCGAUCAUCUUGCACUUUAUUUUAUUGCACACAGAGAAGAGUAUUGGCCAUCAUUCCUUUUCAAAACAAAAAUCCGCACGUUUAAUCAAUCAAUUCAUUCAUUCAUUUGUUAAUUCGUUAAUUAACAUAGUAAGUGGGGUGGACCGGACAUCUGAAGUGAUAUCUAGUUCUUUCUAGAAUGGAUCUAGUGAUAUCAAUAAAUUUUAUUACCUUGUUUAGGACAAAGGAUAAAACGCAGCAAAGCCGGGGCGACGGUACUCCUGGGGAUUCUUGGUGGGGGUGCGCCGUCAGUUUCCUCAAAUCCCGACCCUACUUCAGACCAAAAAAUGUAAUUUUCCACAGCCGUUUUCAGACCUGGGCUUUAGGCAGAAAUUAUGCCAUUACUUACAUUAGAGCGCAAAGAAAAAAAAUUCUUCAAACUUAUUUCGAAACGCAUAUUUUUCUCUUUCUUUCUUACUCAUUUGAAAUGGAAGCAAUUGAUUUUUCAUACAUUCCCGUAGUUCCCUCAAAAACCAUACCCGAUUCCAGACUAAAAUGGGCGAAGUGUAUACAAGUUUUCAGAGCAAAACAGCGCAAAAACCCUACCCGAUGGGGCGGCACAUACCUAUUUGGCUUACAUAAGGGAGUACCCCCCGGGAAUAGAAGAAAUUGACGUUAUAGUCAUUGCUUUUGUUUACUUGGAGUACAAACAAAAUUCAUCCACCAAUCAAAUUAAUCAUGCAGGUAAUACUCUUCAGACAGACUCACACGAAAUUUUAUACCCUGUUUAGGACAGAGAGGUCAAAAACCAUACCCUGACCAGCGGCACAUCCCUGUACAGGCCAUAUAAAGGAGUACCCCCUUGGUAUCAUUUACGAGUUGGGUGAUUUUUGACCCCGCCUAUCAGUAUCCCUGUGGCUACACGCUGAAACAACGCUGAUCGGACCUGCCUUCUAUUGUAGUUAUGAGUACUUAUCAAGUCGCGUCUUAUUAACUUUGGAGUUGUUUCAAGAACCGCGUUACCUUUCUAAGGUUUUUGAAUAGUCCAAAGGGGGUUAGUGCCAGCACUGUUUGAGAAUCAAAGAAUAUUCAUACACAUACUUUCACGAUAUUGCCAACCUAUAUUGGGCAUAGGCAUAUAAAGUGACGGCAAUAAGGCAGAGUCACCGCCGGAAAAAAGGCCAGGAAACCGAAAGGCCUGGGGCGAGGUUGUGUUAGCUCAGCUGUUUUGGUAGAAAAUCCUUCAAUGACAAGGACCGAGACCAGGUUUUAUGAGCCCGCUAGACUGAGCACCCCACCCAAACCUUUGCUUUCACUAAAACCGCUGGACGUCACAUCCUAGUCACCCGAUUCAGGUCGUUGUUAUCUAAGGUCUUUCGUUUUGGUAGCGCUGUUGAAAAUGGCGGAAAUCACAGUUCUUAUGUGUGAACAGAACUCCUUAUCUGGAAUGGUUGUCGUGUCGGCGCAAAAGCUAUCCGGUAUCAGCGGUAAAAUGUGAAGAUAGCCUCAGGCUAUUUAUUAUGGGCCAAUCAUCUCAUUUCCAAAGCGCUUUUGAGGAAUAAUUAUUCAUUAUAUGUCUCUUAUCGAAUUGGAAUUUGAAAAGUCCAGUCCAGUUAAAUAAUUAAAAUCAAAUUAAUGCUUUAUAAUUUGUCAUUUAUCAAUUACGCAGGUGAUCUUGAUGACAUACAACAACAGCUGAAAAACGUGGAGAGAAACAUUUCUCUUUUAGCUGACCAAAAUUUUGUUAAUAAGAUGGUCGCGAAGAUCAUAGAUCAAGUAUCAUCAAAUCAAACUGAAGGGCGCAGAUUGCUUGAAACGAAGAUAGAAAAUCAGACCCUGGAGUUAAAUCAAAUUAAUUGCGCAGGU